AUGUCCCACGACUCGCCACAGACCGUCGCCGCGCCGCUGCACGAGGCGUCGUCGCGCCGGUCAUCCAAGCUCGUCUCCACACUGCCGAAAAGCACUCUUCUUCCAUCGCCGGCGCUCGAGGCGCUCCUCGGCGACCGCGAGGACGACGACACGCCUCUCACGCCGCAGCAACUCGUGCAGCUGCUCGUCGACGCGGGGCACUUGACGCGCCAAAACGUCGCCAAGGAGCGCUGGCGCACGCUGCUCCAGCCCGCGCUGCGGAUGGCGCUGCCGGCCGACGACCCUUGGCACAGCAUGGACGUGCACUCCCUCGCCACCGAGCUCGCCAAGCGCUGGGACUACAACUCGAGUACGCGGAAGUGGGAGCUGUCCGAGGUGAUGGUCAAGUUGGAGAGGGAGCCCUUCGCCGAGGGCGCCAUGCGGGAGUGCUACCGCAUGAAGAAGAUGUCGCAGGUGUCGCCGUCCUUCUUCUACCGCAUGGACUGGGCCGCGUGCAACAACUACGUCGCCAAGCGGUACAAGAAGCGCGAGACGGGCCGCGGGACCUACUUCUCCGACAUCGAGAUGCAGAUGCUCUCCAAGCGCCUCUCGCGCCACUACAACGCCCUCGCGCCUCCAAAGGCGGUCGACUUCCUGCACGCGUUUGUGAUCGAGGUGGAGCGCGGCGGCGAGCAGAUGCUCUUCUGUGUCGAGCGCGCCAUCGAGCGCGGCUCCUACGUGAAGCACAACAACAACGCCGGCUCGCUCGACUUCGACGGCUUGCACCGCGCCACGCCCAACGCCUUCUCGCGCUUCACCUUCCACGCCUCGCGCGGCGAGCUGAUGGUGGUGGACAUCCAGGGCGUGGACGACGUGCACUCGCUCAAGGGGGACGACUUCGGCGACGGCAACCUCGGCCUCACCGGCCUCGCCCUCUUCUUCUCCACCUCGCUCUACGACGGCCUCUGCAGCCAGCUCGGCCUGCCCGACUUCGCACUCGCCGCCGCCGAGCGGGCCCGCGUGGGCCGGCUCUCGGGGUCGAUCCGGUGCGACGCGACCAAGCUGUCGAGCCACGCCUCCUCCUCCGCCGGCGCCUCCCGCGAGAGCUGCUGCGGCGAGGAGCCGGCGGUCACCGCGGCGCAGCUGAACGCCGCCGCCGCGGCGGGCGACGUCGAGCGGCUGCGCGAGCUGGUGGGAGAGGGCAAGGACGCGGGCGCCGUGAACGCCGACGCGAGGUCAGCGCUGCAUUUGGCCGCCAGCGAGGGCAAGCUGGACGCGGUCCGCUUCCUGGUCGAGGAGGCGCGCGCCCCGCUGGUGGGGCGGGACCGGUGGGGCCGCACGCCGCUCGAGGAGGCCGAGGCGCAGGGGCACGCAGAGGCGACGCUGCACCGCACUCUCGAGCGGCGCCGCAGCGGCCUGGCCGAGAGCAUCGGCCUCGCCGACCUCCCGCUUGAGCUCCUCGCGGCCGGCGAGGCGCCGCCCUCUUCUCCCUCCUACUCCCUCCCUCCCCCGCGCGCUUCGGCAGCCCCCUCCGUGCUGCUGCAGCCUGCAUCGAAGGCAGCCACUCCUCUGUGGCCACGGCAGAGCUCCACGCUGCUCGUCGGCGCGUCGGAGCAGCGCGAGGCUUCGGCGCCGCCGGCCAGCCUUGGGAGGGUGCACGCGCGGCUUGCCGAGCUGCUCCUCGCCGGCGGCACGCCGACGCAGACCGAGGGCGAGGCGGACGUGUUUUCCGCCGCCUACCACCUCGUCUGCGCCGCGGCGGCAGGCGCGCCGCACGCCGCCCGCGAGCCGCGUGCCCUCCGCGACUUGCGCUCGAUGCUGCGCGGGCUGACGGGCGACGAGGUCCUUCCCGGGGUGCAGCUCGCACCGCUUUGCACCGAGGAGGAGCAGUCGGCCGCGGCCGCGGCGUGCGCCGCCCUCGGGCCGCUCCUCGCCUCGGCGGGCGACGCUGCGGCUCUGCUCGACUUCGCGGAGGCGGAGCGGGCGAAGGGGGAGCUGGCCGGCGCGGAGGAGUGGCUCAGGGGCGCAGUGGAGGCGGUGCGGGCGGGGGGCGCGUUUGGCGACGCCGUGCUUCACUCGUGCCUCAAGCGCCUCUCCGAGGUGCAGCUGGAGCGGGGCGAGGCGGCCGAGGCAGCGGCGACUCUAGCGGCCGCCGCCGAGGCGGCACGCGACGCCGGCGCCUUCAAGCUGGGGAUGAAGUGGGACAUGGAGGCGACGGCGAUGGAGGAGUGA